CUGCCUGACCUUGGGUCUCCAUCCCACACAGAGACCUCAACAGAUGGGGAGACCUCGAAGACCUGGCUGCACCUCCCAGUGAAGCCGGCCACGUGUGUGUAUCAUGGUGUGUUGUGAGCAUAAUGCAUGACACAGUGGGUGGCUGUGUCAGCAAGGACCCCCAAAAGUGUGUCACUGUGAAUGCGGGUGUUGGCAACAUGGGGAGCACGGUGACCACGUGUGAGUGUCCUGUGGUAUGUUGCAUAAAUGUGUCCUGGUGGAGCUGUGUGGGGGGCACCCUUUGUACCACUAUAAUUGUGGUGUCACUGCGUGUGCCGUCAUUGCUUGUGUUGGUGUGAAUAGGCGUGUGCCAAUAUGUGUGACUGAUCAUGUCAUCGAGGGUGUUCAGAGCCUGUACACAUGUAUGCCCCUUUGUUUCUGCGCUCACGGUUUGUGAUUUGUGAGGAUAAAGGCCGAUGCAAAAGAAUGUGGCUUUCGGAUCUCAUAUUCCGAGCAUCUGGGGCUUUGGGGGCCUGGUGGGGGAGGGUCUGGCAAAUGUUGGGGGGUGGUGAAAGGCACACAGUGAGCAUGCGGACGUGAUCCCAGGAGCCCUGGGGCACGAGAUUGUGCGGCAAUGAAUGCCCUGAGUGCAUCUGUCUGUGUCCAUGAACAUGUACCCAGGGGGUAACCUAGUCUCCCUCCGGGAGGCUGUGUGUCUGAGAUAGACAGUGUCUCCCUAAGUGUAGGUGGGCCCACAGGUAUAUCCGAGCCCUUAAGCAGGUAUCCUCGGGUGGAACUACGUUUCCACCGAGCGUGCAGCCCUGAGUGCAGACGUCCCUAAGUGCACAAUGCCCCCGGCUCCUGGAUGUAUGUCCCUUAAGAGAACAUGUACCCGAGUAAAUGCACGGAUUGCGUGUCCAAGGCGUAGUGGAGCCUCUAGGACAAAUAGACAUAUGUGCCCUGAGACAGACAUAUGUGCCCUGAGACAGACAUCCCCGCUCCUGUUUGUCUAAGAGUUGGCCAACCCAAGCCAGCCCCGCCCCUGACCUCCGGGCCAACACCUCUCGGCGGACGCCCAGGAGUCCCAGGCGGACGCCCCGGACACGCGCGCCCCCUGGCGGCCGCUCUCUGGAAUCUCCGCCAGCGCGCGCGCCCCGCCCACGAGCCCGUCCCGGUCGCAGCGCCUGCGCACUCAAGGCCUUUUACGGCGCCGUAAAGCAACUCGGCCAAACCGACGGCCGCAGUUCGCUGGUGAGACCCCCGCCCGCGACCCCUACCUGCGCUGGGCCUCGCCGGCUCCGGGACCCCCAGCCUCACGCGCGCCUGGGGAUCCUGGGCGACGUUCCCGGCGUCCGCGAUCCCCGGUCCGUCCGCUUCGGCCCACGCAAAGGGUCCGUGAGGAGGGGCGGCGGCGGCAGCAUGGAGGCACGCUUCACGCGCGGGAAGUCGGCGCUGCUAGAGCGCGCCCUGGUGCGGCCCCGCACCGAGGUGAGCCUGAGCGCCUUCGCGCUGCUCUUCUCUGAGCUGGUGCAGCACUGCCAGAGCCGGGUCUUCUCCGUGGCCGAGCUGCAGGCGCGCCUGGCUGCCCUGGGCCGCCAGGUGGGCGCCCGCGUUCUGGAUGCGCUUGUGGCUCGCGAGAAGGGUGCCCGGCGCGAGACCAAGGUGCUGGGCGCUCUGCUGUUCGUCAAGGGUGCGGUGUGGAAGGCGCUGUUCGGCAAGGAGGCCGACAAGCUGGAGCAGGCCAAUGACGACGCCCGCACCUUCUACAUCAUCGAGCGGGAGCCGCUCGUCAACACCUACAUCUCAGUGCCCAAGGAGAACAGCACGCUCAACUGUGCCAGCUUCACGGCGGGCAUCGUGGAGGCGGUGCUCACGCACAGUGGCUUUCCCGCCAAGGUCACGGCACACUGGCACAAGGGCACCACGCUCAUGAUCAAGUUUGAGGAGGCGGUCAUAGCCCGAGACCGGGCCCUGGAGGGCCGCUGACCCCACGGGAGAUAAAGAAUGCAGAGCCUCCUUCC